UGUUACGUAGCCGUGAGUCAACCAGGGAAGCCGAAUGUAUAGUAGGCAGUGCUCUGCUCUGUAAACACUCUUGCACUUGCUGCGUCUAAUCAAUUUCAUCUGAAGACGGCGUCCAAUAUGCUUCGAGCUCUCCACGUUCUUUUCCUCUUCCUCUGCCUUCUGGGAGGCGCCGUUGCGGCGAGUGGAGGCAGUGGUUACGGAAGAACAACUAAUGCCUGGGAUAUGUCACUCACGAGUACGAGGUUCGUUCUUGUAGCCGUGUUGCUUAAGGGAAGUGUCUACGCAGACACAUCAUCUAGCAGGGUUGCGUCAUUGGCAUUACCCAGGUCCGACGUGACGGCAAAUGACAGCUUGGAAGAUAAAUGCAAGUUGCUGAAAGGAGGCACGACCGGUAUGAGUUAUGCAUUAAGCUGGUUUGGUGCUGAAAUGGUACUCGGAGGAACGCCCUACCUCGUCUCGAAGUCGGAGAAGCAAGCAGCGCUGGAUUACGCAGGCAAUUGUACUUCUCCAGAUGUUGGCCCUGUUCCGAAACACAUUCUACUUACGAAAUGGAACAGCGAUGGAAAUUACAUAUAUCCAGGUACAAAAUGGUGCGGCGCUGGAAAUAUAUCCACAGAUGAAGCGCAGUAUGGAAGUGCCCAGGCAACAGACAAGUGCUGCCAAACGCAUGAUAAAGCCAUGGAUUACAUAUUAGCGUCGCAAACACACCCUAACCAUACAGAACUGGCAAACCCCAAAAAAUAUACCGUAACCAACUGCUCGGAUGACAUAAAGCUCUUCAACUGCUUGUUGGAAGACAAUUCCACAGACUCGUAUCAGUUUGGCCAAGCUUUUUUUGACGCUCUUGGGGUUCCUUGCUUUGCUUACACUUUCAAAGUAAACUGCACCCGUACUUCGUGGUGGUCGUCCAAAAAAACGUGUAAGAUUCAAGAAAAACAGAAAGCGUGGCAAUUCCUCGAUCCUCCAAAUUUUUAUGCUGCGUUUACGAAGAAGUGGUACAACAAAACAACAACCAUCGCAAAAGAGGAAGGCAAGGUGACGUGGAAGCGACUAUGCAGGAAGGAUCCAGACAUGGCAUGCGGCGAUUAUGAAUUUCUCGAUAGAAAAAAUAGAACAACAAAUAAAAAGAAAAACAAGGAGAUGCAGGGCGCAGCGUGAAAUUGUCAAGUUAAAGACAAGUGAAAUUACCCAUGUGGUUUGGGAAGCACCGUUUUAAAUGAAUGCAUCUCUGUGGAAUAAAGUUCGUGUUUUAAAACACUGUU